UUAGUUUAAUAAGACGUUCCAAAAACACACGCAGUAACGUGCCGUUGUUCAUUGUGCUAAAACCUACUCACAAUGUUCCAAAAUGAAUAGAAAAAACUACACUAUUUUUUGGUUAAAAAUUUCGUGACGUCUAUUUAUGGUGUGGAUACCGUGCUACCAUGAAUAUAUUAUUCCGUAAAAACUUUCAAACCGAAGGUACCUCCAAGGAGAGGAGUUAUACCAGUGGCUUGGGUAGGAGAACAACAUCAGGCAAUACAGGAGCAUUAGGAACUGUAAGAAGAACUAGAGAAUCCAGGUGUUCGGCAAUGGCUGAUCCCGAUCACACUUGCCCAUUUAGAACUCACAUUCUACUAGGCCAUGCAAACUUUCCUCAAGAAUUCGAAGACUUUGUUGGGCCACCACUUUUAACAGCUCCUAAACAGACCUCAGCAGUUCCACUAAUACGAUGGAUUCGAAGAAAACAGUCAACCGGUAAAGCAGAUACUAUUUCUAAUACUCCUUCAUUUUCCAAUGGUACCAAUUCUUUUAUCAAUGUUGCUAAUUCAAAUAAUACAACAAAUGACAAGGGUUGCAGAGGUCGUCACGGUUCGUACUCUAAGCCAAACACACCAACUGGUACUAGUCCACAAAUGCCUUUACAUGUUAGAAAAGUCGACUCUGCGAGUAUUUCUAACUUGGAUAAAGAUUGCUUUAUUAUUCCAAUAGCCUACCUUGAUAGGUUUCUUCCCGAUGGAGUAAACCUUCCUAUCUCACCAAGUAUAAACAAACCUAAUUCCUUGAAUAUGGUUGAAGUCGAUGACCCAAAGACUUGUCUCAUGUUUCACAUGAUGACAAUUUUAGAACCAAUUGAUCCAAUUUUGGAAUCUCCUUUAUCAGACCCUAUGGCCAGACAAACGGCUGCUGCUUGUUCGCUGCUUAAUGAAAUAGCCGGAACAAAAGUUGCAUCAGAAGGAAUGUUGUUAGCCAAUUUAGAAAAAGACGCAGUUUUUCCGUUUAUCACAUACUACGUUUUAAAUAAAUCGUCUGUAUCAAAUCCGCGUGAGGUGGCAGUAAACGUACGGAAUACAACUCUCAAAAAGUUUGAUCCACGAGCUAUUAAACAUACAACAGAUCAUACAUUUGAUCUUUUCACCGAAGUCGCCAACAUUGUUUGCCCUCCUAUCAGUCAGACCAAAAGGCCUCGAGGUUCCCAUACGGCUUACAUAAUUUCUGUAUACAAAGUUUUCGAUGGUGAUGAUAGUGAAAAAUUUGAAAAACAUUGGCUCUACUGGACAGGUGCUCGCAUGAUAUAUAAUUAUCUACCUAAAUCUACCGGUCUUAGGAGAAUUACGUUGCACAAAUCACAAUCAAAUGGCGAUAAACAAUAUGUAUUGAUGUGUGAAUGUUCAAAUUUACUUCAAGACUUUACGUCGAUAGCAAAGUUACUACCGGCUCUCAAAGCAAGACUGUGUGGAUGUACAGGAGUAUAUCGUUCAAUUUUUAUUAUAUGAUUAUGUACAAUUUUGUUGUCUCUGAAAUCAUUUUUUUAAUCAAUAUAAAUAAUUUUGUUACUAUGAAGUAUUCAUAAUAAAGAAACAUCGUAUUAAUUAACAAAAAAAGUAACUUUCAUUUUUGUACAUAGAUUAUUAAACAUAAUAAUAGAAGGGGUUAAAUUGAGUUCAUAGCACACCCAAACAUAUAUCAUCAUUCUUUAAAAUAACGUAUUGUAUUUUUUUAAGUAUUUAAUUUACAAAUACGUAAUAUAUAAUAUUGAAAUUACAUUAAAAUUUAUAAAAGAAAUAUUUAUAUAAAAUAUUACAUGUUUUAUAAAAUAAAAAUU